AUGGACCCAAACUUUUCAAAAAAAUCAAUUACCAAUUACUACAUUUUGACUGACAAUACCCAUCGAAUCGUUCUGUGUGAAGAUUCUAGAGGAGAUGUUGUCACUGGAAAGGCAGACUAUACUCGCCCACUUGUCGAAUACGAAAAUCAACAUGACCUUCUUUGUUUCCUGGCUGAAUAUUCUAUCAUUGUGUCAGUUCCACUUUCCACUAAAGAAUUGGCGACUGAGUACUUAAAAAGGAACAAAUCUGCUCUCCCUGUGGACGACUUGGCUAUGCAAAUGGAAAUGGUGAAGCCGGCUAUGAUGAAAGAACAUAAGUACUUUUUCCAUACACGGAUUCAAAUGGCGUUUGUUACACAGUAUCCAGUGAAUGAAGCUCUAAAGAAAAAAAUGAGAGUUCACGGCGAAGGAAUAAUGGACGACGACGUGAUAAUCAAAUAUGUCUCCCACGAUAGGAAAAUUCGUUUGGAAAAACCAAAUAGUUCUAAAACAGCAUCUGGAGUAAAAAGUAGAAUAGAAUUCUUUGGAAGACUCGAACCGCAGAAGAGAGGGACCAGAAAUCGUAUCAAAAUAAAAACCCGCUAUGAACCUUAUUAUGUCAAGUUGGAGCAUGGAGGAGGGCAUAGUGUUAAAACUUCAUCAAACACCGCCAAUAACGUCAGUCACUUAAUGGCAAGCGAAAUCAAUCCUGGAGAGUUGUAUCUUGAUAUUCUCGAUCAGAACUUUUGCAAAACUCCAGAAGAUUUGAAAAAACGAGAAGAAAUUUUGCAAUCUUUCAUGAAAACGUGGUUCAUCGUUCCUGGAUUAUCUCUUAAUCAGCAUCAACAGGUAACAGAACAACUCAGACUGCCCGUUUCACAAUUUGAUGACGAUUCGUCGCAUGUUCAAUCACAAAUAGACGAAUCAUCAUGUAAAGAAGCUCUGCCAAGUUUGGAAACUUCUGGUCCAGCUCCAACUUUGUUAAAACGAAAUAAUGACCAUGUUGGAAUGAUUCCUGGAUGUGAGAUUCAAAACCUGUGCCGCCCACCCAGUCUUCCUGUCGACAUGACCAUAGAUCAUCAGACUUCAAUUCUUCCAAUAAACGAAGCUAUUGCACUUUAUAAAACUGUGAACGUGCCAACCAUUUCAUGCAUAACAUAUGCUGACCCACAAAUAAACAUACAGCAAAAAUCCUUGGCUAAUAGCCAGAACUAUCGUGGCCGCCGUAUGCAAACGGUUUAUAGCACCCAAGAGUUCUUACAACAUCUCUAUGCAACUCUCAUACUCUUCGCUGCUCCGAACUCGUCAGAAGUCCGCAUCAAAUUCAGAAACUUAAUGAACCAGAUUUCGCCACGGAAGGUGACCCAAAUCAAAACCAUAAAGUCAGCGUUGCGCUCAUCUCUAAGAAAAAUCAUGGGAAGUGCAUCCGCUAAUAGAGAUGUGCCUCAAUCGGUCGAAGUUAUUGAAACGUUAAAUUCAUUCUUGGUUUUAAUCAAAAGCUUGGAUUUGAGCCCGCUUUUAAGUCUGGAGAACUAUAUUCUGAAAUUGGUUGAGGAGCAGAGACCACUGAAAAACCUCGUCUUAAAGGAAACACUCAUCCUAUCACUACGAAACGUUAUGCAGGAAUGUAUACUAUGA